GAAAGGCCACAUAGCUAAAUAUUACCCUCAACCUCGUCAACAAUUAAGAGGAAUUGAUAGAAAACCUCGUUAUGAUAAUACAAGAGAAGAAGAAUAUAAUGAUGAGGAAUAUACUUCAAAAGAAUAUUAUGAAGAAGACGAAUAUAAAGUCUAUCUUAACACUAGGUCUGGACCUUACCCAAAGAAUGCUGUGUCAAAAAAUAAAAGAAGACCAGUAAAGUUCCAAAACCCACCUAAGAUAACUGUUGAAGAACUAGACAUGAAAAAACUAACGCCAGAACCUGUAACUGAGCCA